CAAGUGCCCCCUGUCGACGCGGCAGAGGCAGACUGCCCUUGUUCUGAAAGAGCCUUUGUCGGUGAGCCAUACUACCACAUCGCACUUCGCCUCCCACCGAUCCGCCAGAGUUCCAACACACAUCGCAGAGGAGCGUUCAGACGUUGAACCGCGCAAACAUGUCGUUGAAUUACCCAACCAGACGCUGGUCUCGACGCUCUCGCUCUCACCUCUCUUCUCACUCUUCCGCCUACUCUCAACACCGUUCAGAACCAUCUCCUCCCCCAAGCUUCAGUCAUCUCUCUGGCAGCCCUCCCAGCUUCCACUCUCACUCGGAUCACAUCGACCCUGACUUCAUCAUGCCUGGUACAACCACCGUCAUGGCUGGCGGCUGGACCGACGCACGACCACCAACUCCCCCCGAAGGCGUCAUCCGAGUCGAAACCAGCUUCACCGUCGAAGAAGUCUUUAUCGAGCCUGAACCCGCGAACAAUUCCACCAACACCAUCUUCGGCGACUCGAGCAGCCAUUACCAAGCCACUGUCUGGUCCGCUGCGUCGCGAUUCACCCGAAACCUCUUUGAGCCCGAAGUGAACAAUGGACGAGGUGGAAGCAUCAACAUCGACAACACUACCACUAGCAAAUGGGUUGCAACUGCGUUGCUGUUGGCCUCUGUCAAUCUCAUCACCAUGGUCACCGAGAGCAUGAUGCCCGUCAUGAUCCCGACCAUCAUCUACGACCUCAACGUCCAAGGAUUUCAGUGGCUCAUCGCUGGUCCAGCAAUCGGCGCGGCAGCUACAGCUCUCAUCGCCGGUCACCUCUAUGUCAUCGUCCCAUUCAAGCAGAUCUACAUGGUUUUCGCCGUCAUUGUCUUGAUCGCCACCAUCUCACCUGGCUUUGCCCCAAACAUGGCGUUUCUCUUCUACACGCGAAUGCUCCUCGGCGUCGGUCUGGCAGGUCAACACUUUGGCACCCUGGUCUUUUUGGAACACAAGAGCAGUUUCGCAGACAAGGUCCGACGCGACUUCUUCCUCACUGUCAGCUCCACGCUUGGCCUGAUCGUUGGUCCCAUCUUCGGUUCUAUCUUUGCCCAUCGAGACAAGAACUGGUCCUGGGGUUUCUACACCGCGUUCAUCCUUCUCGCCUUGGUCUUGGUCUUCCUUUUCUACCUGCUUCCGACAGAGGUUGAGAUUGCCGCAAACGCACCUUGGGCUUGCGGACCGGUCUUCAACUGGAGUCAUCGCCUCAACUGCAUCGACACCCUGGGUGGUCUGCUCAGUUUCUUCGGCAUCAUCACACUGUUGAUCACAUUCAACUUCGCCGGCACAUUGACUCCUUGGACAAGUGGAUACCUGUACAUCUCCCUGGUCAUUGGCAUCAUCUUGAUCGUGCUGCUUAUCCUUCAGCAAGCCUACAAGAUCCUUAACUCACCGUCGACCCGCCUCUUCCCUGUGGAGUACCUGCAACAUUUCAAGACCAUGGCUCUGUUCGUCCUCGUCUUCCUCACCGCCGCCAUUUUCCAGACCGUGCUCUCGUACACCGCGCUCUACCAACUGGUCACGCGUCCUCAGCCCUCGGCAGUCACGACGGCGUUCUACCUCUUCUUCACCACCACAGGUCCUCACUUGAUCUCGGUCUUGGUCAUCCCCGUCUACCUCGGCGGCGGCUUGAUGAUGCGGUACCCCAUGGUCCCAAGCUACAGCUUCUGGAGCGCCGUCUCGUCGGUCUUGCUUCUCGCCGGCACCGCCCUGCUCUUCAUCAACACGCCAUCCGUGUUGCCCGGCUCUGACGGCCUACCGACCAUCGCAAAAGAGUUCGCCCUUGCUUGCAUCGGCUUCUGGUCCGCGAUCACCUUGUCAAUGGCGCACCAGCUGAUGGACCUGCUCCAACCGCUCUUUGCGAGGGGCAACCAGGACGCCCGCCAGAAACACCCGCUGCACAACCGUGCCUUCGUCCUGUUCGCCGUGUACCUCGGCGCGGCCGUCUCCUUGACCGCCGCGGGCAGCAUCUUCAUGCACGUCGGGCCCCGUGCGCAGUUCGCGUUGCUGGAACAAGCCAACGACGUGGCCUACCCGGCCAGCGUCGACAACGCCCUGUUCCUCCUCCUCGGCUACACCUUUGUCGACGGCAAGGUGACGCCGGCGCUCUUCGGGGCGUCGAUCGCCGCCCUGGAGAACGCGUUCGGCUGGUCCCUCGUCGGCGUCGUCAGCUGCGCCGUCGCCGCCUGCCUUGUCUCCGCCUGUCUCUUGGUCGCGAAGGCGGCCAACGGCGAGCUGGCCUGGCCCAUGAGGGCCCGCCGCGCCCAGAUCCCCGAGGACUGGCGCGCCGGCGUGGGCGGGCGUCCCGGCCAGCGGGACAUCGAGCUGGAGGACCGCGUCAGCGGCACCACGCUCUGA